AUGCGUCCACUAACUGAUGAGGAGAUGGAAACUUUCUUUGAUAAACUUACCAAGUAUAUUGGCAAGAAUGUCAAGCAAUUAAUUAACGAUAAAUACUCUUUCCGAUUUCAUAAAGAUAAGGUUUUCUACAUGAGUAAUCAAGUAUUACAAUUUGCUGAAAACAUUACAUUUGAAAGGCUGAAAACUGUGGGAGUUUGCUUUGGUAGAUUUUCCAAAUCUAAAAAGUUUAAACUUGAAGUAACUUGUUUGGAUUAUAUUGCUCAAUAUGCCGAGUAUAAAGUUUGGGUUAAACCUCAAGCAGAACUUUCAUUCCUCUAUGGUAAUCACAUUUUGAAGACUGGUUUGGGUAGAAUGACUGAAGAUUGUCCACAAUAUCAAGGUGUUGUUGUUAUGAAUAUGAAUGAUGUUCCAUUAGGUUUUGGUGUAGCUGCAAAGUCGACGGAUGAAUGUAGAUAUGUUAAACCAACAGAUAUCGUAUGUUUCCACCAAGCUGAUGUUGGUCAAUAUUUGAGAGAUGAAGAUAGCUCUUCCAUGUUCUAA